AUGGGCAAACCAAAAACCAAGGCCCAAGAUGUCCCUGAUCUCACACAGCUGACAACACUCACAGAGGACGCCAUCACGGCCACGCUCAGAGUCCGAUUCGAGAACGACUGCAUUUACACUCGCAUCAACGAUUCCAUUCUUGUCGCCCUCAACCCAUACAAGGACAUUGCAGCCUCCAAGGCGUCAUCAGACUAUGUUGCAGAAUACAAGGAGAUCAUGACCGAGCAUAUUGAGCCGUUGCCACCUCACGUAUUCCAACUUGCCAACCAAGCUUAUCUCCAUAUGCGAAGAACGGGUAUCGACCAAAGUAUCAUCCUUAGUGGUGACACGGGUAGCGGGAAGACUGAAGCUACGCGAUCCAUUCUGGAACAUUUGAUUGCAUUGACCACCCACAAGAAGGAAUCCAAGCUUCAAACGCAAGUGAUGCAUGCACAAUUUGUUCUCGAAGCAUUUGGAAAUGCUGCCACCUCAUUCAACAGCAAUGCAUCUCGAUUUGGGAAAUAUUUGGAACUUCAAUUCAAUGAGCGUGGAAGGAUGUCAGGUGCCAAGACCGUCAACUAUUUGUUUGAAAAGAAGCGCGUCACCAAACGAGUUGCAAGUGAAGAGAACUUUCAUGCAUUCUAUUACUUGAUGGCGGGUGCCACGGCAGAGGAGAAAUCCAUCUUGCGCUUAAACGACACAACGACGCAUCCCUAUUUGAAUCGAUUGGCACAUGAAUCGGAAGCGGAGGGAUACGAGUCACUCAAACGAGCCAUGCGAUCCUUGGGUAUUGGAAAACGACAUCAGGCACGCAUCAUGCAGCUACUUGCAUGCUUACUGCACUUGGGCGAUCUCGAAUUUGUGGAUGACAACAACAUGGAAGAAGCAGCCUCGGUCAGGAACACUGAUUUAUUGGAGCUUGUAGCGGACUUUCUUGGUGUCGAUCCUGGUGCCUUGAUGAACGUGUUCACUUACAAGACAAAGAUGAUCAAAAAGGAUGUCACCACCGUCAUUUUGAAUGCUGAACAAGCAUCAGAGCAACGUGAUGAAUUAGUCGUCGCUUUAUAUUCCUUGCUAUUCAGUUGGAUUGUGGAACAGAUCAACACCAAGCUAUGCAGUGAUACCAUCGACAACGUCAUUGGCAUUCUCGAUUUGCCUGCACCACAUACUUAUUACAACAUUGCAUCAUUUGACAGCUUUUGUAUCAACUUUGCUCAUGAACGACUACACAAUUACAUGCUUCGCCAACUAUUUGAGACCGAUGUCAAUGAUUAUCGAUCCGAUGGUCUCGAUGUACCUGAUGUCCCCUAUUACAACAAUGUGCCAUGCGUCGAGCUUAUGGAACGACCCAAACAUGGUCUUGUGGAUAUCAUCAACCAUCACAGCAAAUCAUCCACUCGUGGUACAGAUGCGCACAUGUUUGAUUCAUUUUCAAAAUACAACGCCAAUCACGAUUCGUUUGCCAUCAAGACGGCCAUGUCAGGCAUGCAAAUGUUUGCUAUUCAACAUUACUCGGGACAAGUUGGCUACAACCCACUUGGAUUUUUGGAAAGCAACAACAAUGCGCUCAAUCCGGACUUUGUUUCAUUGUUUCGUGGCAACGAGGAACUUCCUGAAUCAUACAAUUCUUUCCUUGUGGGUCUUUUUGCUGAUCAAAGUGUGCAAACUGAGAAUCACCCCAAGCAAGCCGACGCUAUCCUCAAUGCACAACAAAGCAAUCAGCCACUACGUGCGCCAUCCAUGCGACGAUCCAAAUCCACACGACGCAACAGGAACCAGGAGACAACAACAGCGGCUGCUUCGGAUGCCAUGUCUGAAAGCAAAAGUGACAGCAAAUCAAAGCGUAAAAUGGCGAUGGCUCUUUCACAAUUACGAUCUUCUUUGGAUGAUUUGAUGACAACACUCGAUGAGACAACGCCAUGGUUUAUCUUUUGUCUAAGACCUUCCGAUGCACAAGCUCCCAACAUGUUUGAUCCACAACGUGUCCGUUCUCAGGUGCGAGGCCUUGGCCUAGCUCAGAUUGCAGAUCGAAUGCAAACAGGAUACACCAUGUCUUAUUUCCAUGACGAGUUUUGUGAACGCUAUGCAUCCACCUUGCAGGCAGCAGGUGUAGACCCAUCACGUGAUCCACGAGAACAAUGUGAAGCGGCAUCAGCUAUAUUUGGUUGGCUUGGAACUAAAGUAGCGAUCGGUGACAGCAGGAUAUUCUUGAAUGAGACGUCUUGGCGACAAUUGGAAGAUCAGCUUCGCACACUUGAGAAGGAAGAUCAAAAGCGACAAAAGGAAGAGAAACGCAUGAUGCAAGAUGCUGGCACGAUACCCGGUGACAUCCAUUAUUCUUCUUCUCGACAAACAUUAGCUGCCAAUGCUGCUGCUGCUGGAUUACCUAUGCCACCCCAUGGACCCCCUGGUGGACCCAUGUCAGUGUAUUCGGAUGAUCAGCGAUCUUUUGUAUCUGAUGAUGAACGCGAUUACCAAGGUGGCAUGUCACAAGCAGGCUCGGAUGGCUUGACAUCAAGUGCUUCUGGAUAUCUUGAUUUUCAACGCAUGAUGGCUGAACCACAAUAUGUCGAAGAGCCCAAAGAGGCACAAGAAACAUCAGGUGCACGCAAACGAUGGGUGGCCUUUGUAUGGUUCUUGACUUGGUGGAUACCUAGCAAAUGCCUUGUAUGGGUUGGUGGCAUGAAGCGCAAGGAUGUGAGGAUGGCAUGGCGUGAGAAGCUUGCAUUGUGCAUGCUUAUCUUUUUGCUUUCGGCAUUCAUUGUCUGGUUCCUGGUGGGUUUCGGCAAAAUCAUUUGUCCUCCUCAACAAGUCUAUUCGCCAGCCGAGUUACAAGCACAUAGCAGUCCCGACAAUGGUCUCGUUGCCAUUCGUGGUGAAGUGUUUGAUUUGACAACAUUUGCACCUCGCCAUUUUGCAAGUGGUGUGGUUCCCGAGAAUGGCGUAUUGGCUUAUAGUGGUACCGAUGUCUCUUAUCUCUUCCCUGUGCAAGUAUCAGCUGUAUGUCAAGGAACCACUGGCGAAGUAUCCCCCUAUGUUGGCCUCAAUUACACGCUUGGAUUGAUUGACAACAAUGCUCGAUUCCAUGAUUUCAGAGCCAACACGGAUGAUUUUCGGCCUGAUUGGUACUAUGAAAAGUUGACGUACUUGCGCAAAAACUACAAAAAGGGCGACAUGGCAUACACCCACAAGGAUCUCACGAGCCAAGCUAGCAUGAUCAGCAACGUCCAUGGUGUCAUGACAACACGCAAAUGGGCUGUUUUGGAGGGCGACGUCUUUGAUCUUACCAUGUAUACCGAAGGCGGUGCCAUGGCUUUAACUCCUCCAAAUGGUCAAGGUGGUGGUGGCGGCGGUGGAAACACAAGUGUGGAUUUCAUGGAUGAAAAUGUGGUGGGCUUGUUUACCAACAACUCAGGCACGGAUAUUACAGAUGCAUGGAAUCAACUUGAUUUGGCCGAUGAUGUUCGAUUGAUGCAACGGGUGUGUUUACGCAACUUGUUUUACGCCGGCACGAUUGAUUAUCGGGAUUCAGCAAAAUGUAUCUUUGCAGAGUAUCUUUUGCUCAUUGUUACGGUGCUUCUUUGUUUGGUCAUUGUCUUCAAGUUUUUGGCAGCAUUGCAAUUUGGUAGCACAGGCGAACCCGAAUUGCAUGACAAGUUUGUGAUUUGCCAGGUGCCAUGUUACACCGAAGAUGAAGACUCGAUUCGACGUACCAUUGAUUCCAUUGCCACGCUCAACUAUGAUGACAAACGCAAGUUGCUCUUUAUCAUUUGUGAUGGCAUGAUUGUGGGUGGUGGCAAUGAUCGACCUACACCACGCAUUGUUUUGGACAUUUUGGGCGUUGAUCCUUAUGUUGAUCCAGAGCCUUUGUCUUUCUUGUCAGUGGGUCAAGGUGCCAAGCAACAUAACAUGGGCAAGGUCUAUGCUGGUUUAUACGAAGUGCACGGUCACGUGGUACCCUAUGUGAUGGUGGCCAAGGUUGGCAAGCCGAGUGAACGACAAAAACCUGGCAACCGUGGCAAGCGUGAUUCACAAUUGGUGUUGAUGCGAUUCUUGAACAAGGUCCACUACAAUGCUCCUAUGACUCCCAUGGAAUUGGAAAUGUAUCACCAAAUCAAAAAUGUCAUUGGCGUCAACCCAAGUUAUUACGAGUUCGUGCUCAUGGUCGAUGCUGAUACUGAAGUGACACGCGAUGGCCUUAGUCGUAUGGUCACAUGCUUCCUUGAUGAUUCACGUAUUAUCGGCUUGUGUGGUGAAACGCAAAUUCUCAAUCGAAACGAUAGCUGGGUGACAAUGAUUCAGGUGUACGAAUACUUCAUUUCACAUUACUUGAUCAAGGCCUUUGAAUCACUCUUUGGCACUGUCACUUGUUUGCCAGGAUGCUUUUCCAUGUAUCGCAUUCGAUCAGCUACCAAGAACUUGCCGCUAUUGAUCUCCAAUACUGUUAUCGAGGAUUAUCAAAUCAACAAUGUCGACACGUUGCACAAGAAGAACUUGCUCUUCCUUGGUGAAGAUCGUUAUUUGACAACAUUGAUCCUCAAGCAUUUCCCAACCUACAAGACCAAGUUCACCCCUGAUGCCAAGUGCUUCACCAACGCACCAGAUCAAUGGAGCGUUCUCGUAUCGCAACGUCGUCGAUGGAUCAAUUCAACAAUCCACAAUUUGGGUGAACUUAUCCAUUUGAAUCAACUUUGUGGUUUCCUUUGCUUCUCCAUGCGUUUCAUUGUCAUUUUGGAUUUGAUCAGCACCCUUGCACAACCAGCUAUUGUCGGCUAUUUGGUGUACCUUAUUUAUUCAUUGGCAACAUCGCCUAGUGGUGUCCCGUUGAUGACGAUUAUUACGAUUGCCGGUGUAUAUGGUUUGCAAGCUGUCAUCUUUUUGCUGCAUCGCAAAUGGGAGCACAUUGUCUGGAUGCUGGUGUCUAUUUGUGCUAUCCCGGUAUUCUCGUUCCUCAUCCCAAUCUAUUCGUAUUGGCACUUUGAUGAUUUCUCAUGGGGCAACACGCGUGUCGUCGUUGGUGAAAAGGGACAAAAGAAAAAGGUGAUUGCUGACGAGGGCAAGUUUGAUCCAAGCAUGAUUCCAGUGGCGACUUGGCAGCAAUAUGAAGAAGGAUUAUUGAUGAUGGAUGAAUAUCACCAUGGUGGUGCUCCUCCUCCAGGUGGUGAUUACUAUGACGACAAUGCAUCGGUUGGAUCCAGGGGUUCGGCUCGUUCAGGAUAUACCUAUUACACCACUGGUUUCAAUAACCCAGGAUCCCAUGGUCAUUACUCUUCCAGUGUCAUGUCAUCACAACAGCCACCACCACCACCACCGCUGCCUCAUUCUCAAUCUCAUCAAUCAUUUAUGGCACCACCACCACCGGGAGGACCACCAAACAUGUCUCGUGUCAGUGGAUUUCCUUCACAUCAAUCUUUCCAAUCCUCUCCGCUUCAUCAUCAGUAA